ACGGUCUGUGGUAGCCAUCAUUGAUCAGCACCAGACAGACAUACACCACAACAAACCACUCAAUCUGCGCCUUGCUACACCACAACACCAACACCAGCCUGUCAGUUAGUGGCGCAGAUACACGCAGAGACACCGCCACCUUAAUGACCGAUGCUUGAGUGAUGUAAACGAGUGAAAGGAGGCGAAAUAUUACGAGGGUGGUAGUGAGCUGAGGCAGAUGUGAACAAUGAUGACAAUGAACGGAGAGGCUUAUGGGAGCAGGUUUGGGGUGGACGAUGAUGAUGAUGACGAUGAACAUGAUGGCCCCGGGAGGCACGUGUCUCCCCCUGAGGACCCCUGCAGCCUCAUCUACCUGGCCUUGGUGCUUGCAGGGGUGGGCUUCCUCCUCCCCUACAACAGCUUCACCAUCGCCGUGGACUACUUCCAGUGUCGGUACCCGGGCACCACCAUCGUGUUUGACAUCUCCAUUGUGUACAUCUUUGUGGCGUUUGGUGCCGUGCUCCUCAACAACCUGGUGGUGGAGCUGGUGCCCCUAAAUGUGCGGAUUGUGUUUGGCUAUGUGGUGUCGCUGGUGAUGCUUCUGUUUGUGAGCUUCUUCGAGAUCUGGUGGUCUGACACAUUCCCACCAAGUAUGUCUUACCGCGUCACUCUGCUCUCUGUCUCAGUCGUGGCGCUGGGGUGUACAGUUCAGCAGUCAAGUUUCUAUGGCUACACUGGAAUGCUGCCCAAGCGCUACACACAGGCCGUCAUGACAGGAGAGAGUACAGCCGGCCUCAUCAUCUCUGGGAACCGCAUCGUCACCAAGUUGCUUCUGGACGACCAGCGCACCAACACCAUGAUCUUCUUCGUGCUCUCCAUCGCCUUCAUUCUUAUCUGCCUCGCCACUCACCUCGCCGUGCAGAGGACCACCUUCAUUCAGUUUUACUUGAACAUGUGUCGCAUCACUGAGGACACGGAAGACCUGAAGCGCAUCACCCUGGAGCCAUCAGACGAAUCCAUCCUGGCUGACAUGGGAAGUGUGGGCGGCGUGGGUGGGUGUGGUUCUUACGGUGGCACCAUGACACCCUCCGACUCCACCGCCACCUUCCACUCGGCCUCCACCCUGCCUGUGUCCGCCUCUGUUGACCCGGUGGACUCCCAGGCGCCCAGCUACAGGGUGGAGCAUGUCAUCUUGGGGCAGGUCAGGGCGGGGAGAGCCUCUGCUUACACACACUCCAUCCGCAUGUGGUCUGCUAUUAAGAGGGGUGUGGUGGCGCGGUGGCACGUGAGUCGCAAUGUGUGGCAGUACAUGGUGGCCAUCGCGCUGGCAUACUUUGUGACACUGUGCCUGUACCCGGGCAUUGUGACGGAGGUGGCAUCCUUCCGCCUGGGCUCCUGGAUGCCUGUUGUGAUGAUGGCCACCUUUAACCUGUUCGACUUCAUUGGCAAGGUGUUAGCAUCAGUGCCGUAUGAUUGGACGAGGCGGCAGCUGGUGGGCGGCUCUGUGGCGCGCAUCUUGUUGGUCCCCCUGCUGAUGCUCUGUGCUGGCCCACGUGUCGCUCCCUUUGUCCCCGGCGAGGCCACACCACUUCUCCUCACGGCACUCCUUGGCCUCACUAACGGCGUCCUGGGCUCUGUGCCGAUGAUUCUGGCCCCAACCAAGGUGCCAGAUGACCACAGGGAGCUUACCGGGAAUAUUAUGACCCUUUCGUACUAUGUUGGCCUGACUCUUGGUGCCUCGGUCGCCUACGGUUUGGAUGAUGUUCUCGGGCCACAUGACGCCACCACCUGUCAGGGUUUUGGGAUGGCCUCCGCUCAGCUGCCUAAUGGUACGCUUACUUCUGGGUAAUUGUAUGUGUGUAUGAGUGUAUGUGUGUGUGUAUUCUGCAAUGGUUCUGUGUUGUCUCUACUUACUAAUGCUUUUGAAAUGUUCUUGAAAUGAUCUGUUUUUUUUUUUUUUUUAUUUAUUUAUUUUUAUGGUUCUAGUGACAGAUUAGCAAGAUUUUGAAGUGUUAUGUUUUUUUUUCUUAAGAGUGUUUUAAUGGUUGUAGUGACAGGUUAAGAUUUCUACAUUAUUAGCAAGGGAACCAGUCUUGAAAACCCGGCUAGUCAUGUCUGUGGCCUUGGAAAACAGUCAUGGUGAAAAAACAUAGUGUUUCUGAGAAUGAGGAUGUAGGAUGGGAGUAUUUGACUAAUGUGACAGGGAUUUUAGGGUGAAGGAUGAGUAAUAGGUAGUCUAGCAUAAAUAGGAUGAGUACUGGUGAGUGAGGAAGUGGGUAGGGUGAUGGGGGGGAUAGGUAGAGAAGGGUGAGGGAUAUUACAUGCUUUUAGUGUGGUGUAGGGUGAAGAGAUACGAAUAAUGGCUUGUCUGGCAUUAGGUAAGGGUGAAGGGCAAUAUUUCUAGCAAGAGACAGGUUGAAAGAUUCUAAACACACAGUAAUUAUGAAGGUAAAAGGAGAGUGUGAGAAUAAUAUGUUAGCCCAAAAAUGGUGAAGGAACAUCUGAUUAAUUAUGAAGUUGUGUUAGGUGAGAAAGGUAAAGGACGAUAGUUUUAAUAAGAGACACAGUGAAAAAUACAAAACAAACAGUAAUCUUGAAGGUAAAAAGGAGGUUGUAGAAAUAGUGUUAGGCAAAAAGGGAAAAGGGUAAAGAAACAUGUAGUUUAGUAAGAGAAAGGGUGAAAAAUACAAAAUAAACAGCAAUUAUGAAAGUAAAAGGAGAUUGUAGAAAUAAUUUGUUAGGCAAAAAAGAUGAAGGAAGAUAUUUUUUAGUAACAGACUGGAUGAAAUAUGCAAAUAGUAGCUAUGAAGGUAAAAAGGAGGUUGCAAGAAUGUGUAAGGCAAGAAAGAUGAACACAAUUUUAGUAACAGACAGAGUGAAAAAUACAAAUAAGCAGUAACUAUGGAGGUAAAAAGAGAGUGUAAGAAUGAUGUGGUUGGCAGGAAAGGUGAACAUAUAUUUUAGUAACAAACAGUGAAAGAUACAAAAUAAACAGCAACUAUGGAGAUAAAAGGGAGUGUGAGAAUAAUGUGUUAGAUAAGAAAGGUGAACAUAUAUUAUAGUAAGAGACACAGUGAAAGAUGCAAAACACACAGUAACUAUGAAGGUAGGAGAAGAUUCUGAUGAUGAUGUGUCAGCCCCAUCUGGAAACAAGCAGACCUGGAAGUGAAUUAACUAAAACAAAGAAGAAAUUAGAAGUGUUUUGAAAUUAGUAUAUGUUGUUACGGGUGUGCUUAGAUAUUUAUGGAGAGAAUUUAUUUAUUUAUCUAUUUACUUUGGCAAGAAACAAAUUAAUGUACCCAGAAGCAAAUUAACUAAAACAAAUAUAGAAAAAUUAGAAGAAGUGUCUUGAAAAUAGUAUGUGUUGUUAGGAGGUGCUUAUUUAUUUAUUUUAUUAUUAUUUUUUUUAUUGUAGCAGGAAGGAAAUUAAUGUACCCAGAAACAAAUUAUCCAAAACAAAUAUAGAAAAAUUAGAAGUGUGUUGAAAUCAGUCUGUUGUUAAGAGGUGCUUAUGUAUUUACAGAGAGAAAAUGUUGCUCUACUUCUUAUAGAUGGAGACAAAUUGAUUUACCUAGAAACAAAUGAUCCAAAACAGAUUUAGAGCAAUUAUGAGAGAUGUCUUAAAUGUGGUAUAUAUUGUUAGAGGGCACUUGUAUAUUUACAGAGAAAAUAUUGGUCUUCUUAUAACAGGAAAGAAAUUGACAUCCAUAGAAGUGAAUUAAUUAAACCAGCUAUAGAAAAAUUAAUAGAAGUGUCUUGAAAUCACUAUACACUGUUAGGAGGUGCUCACGUAUUUACAGAGAAAAUAGUUUUUUUUUAUAAUUAGGAAAGAAAUUGGUGUCCCCAGAAGUGAAUUAAUUAAACCAGCUGUAGGAAAAUUAAUAGAAGUGUCUUGAAAUCACUAUACAUUGUUAGGAGGUUCUCACGUAUUUACAGAGAAAAUAUAGUUUUUUUUAUAUUAGGAAAGAAAUUGACGUCCCCAGAAGUGAAUUAAUUGAAACAUAUAUAGAAAAAUUAGUAGAAGUGUCUUGAAAUCACUAUACAUUGUUAGGAGGUGCUCAUGUGUUUAUGGAGAGAAAAUACAGGUUUUUUUUUUUUUAUAUUAAGGAAGAAAUUGACGUCCUGAGAAGUGAAUGAACCAUAACAUAUAUACAAAAAUUGGAAGUGUCUUGAAAUUAGUAUAUAUUGUCAGGGGUCCUUAUGUAUUUAGGUAGAUACUAUAUUGGUCUUCUUAUUGUAGCAGGAGAAGCGAAUUACACAAAACAAAUAAAAAAGUGUCUUGAAACUAAUAUACAUGUUGCUAGAAGCUUUUUAUGUAUUUACGGAGAGAAUAAUGUACGUAGGUUUUUAUUGUAGCAAGAGGCAAACUUAUCGAUCACUUUUCUCAUUGACUCUCACAUAUCAAGGCAUUAUUAUCUUUGACGAGAGGUUCAUCUGUGUCUUGAAUUGUCCACAUAUCACACCAUGAAGAGUUACUGCAUAUCCCACCAGCACACUUAUAGACACAGCCACUAACCUCACCAUGUCUGUAAUUAAAAUAGACUUGAGGAAUAAAUGUCAAAUGUGCUUGGUGAAGGAAUAGUGGAAAAAUAAAGAAGAAAAAGUGCACCAAUAAGGAUCAAACAGGAUUCUUAGCUUUUGUAAUUAGAAAAGAUAAGACAUAGAUAUAAAAUGUGCUUAGUGAAUUAAAGUAAAGUGAAAGAAGAUUGAAAAAAGAUGAAGAAAUGCACCAAUAAGGAACAAACAGAAUUCUUAGCUUUUGUAUUUAGUAAAGAUGAGUAAUAAAUGUAAAAUGUGCUUGUGGAUUAAAGUAAAAAGUGAAGGAAUAGUGAAAAGAAGGCAAAGAAAUGCGUUAAUAAUGAACAAGCAAAAUUCCUAGCUUUUUUAAGUAGAAAACACUUGAGGAAUUGAAAGAAAAUGUACUAGAUGAUGAAGAAAAUUAAAGAAACUGUAGGAUUAUUAUAAGGAAGUUAAAGAAGUACAUUAAUGAAGGACAAACAAAUCAGAAAACUAGGUACAUGGACAGAAUUUGUAGCUUUUUGUAGUUAGAAAAGAUGUGAGAAAUGAAAAAAAAAGUGUACUGGACUAGCAUUACCUGACUUGGGGGUGCUGAAAUCAAAUAUAGGGGGUGCUGGGACAUGAUGCACACACUUCACUUUCUUUUAUCCUUCUAAUAACAAGAGGUCCGAGGGGUCUCCAAGCGCACGGGUUCGAAUCCUGUUCACGGUAUAGAGGAAGAAGAAAGAGAAGGAGAAGAAGAAGAAGAAGACCCGAAUUAUCUAAAAAAACAUGCAUAUCUUUGCCUUACAUUUUGCAACAGAUAGAGACAACGGAGAGAUGUAGAAGAAGAAGAAGACGCAUAGAUUGUAGUACAGAUUAAGAGAGAUGUAUAGAGAGAAGAAGAAGAGGAAGAUGAUGAUUUUGUAGUUAAUGCAUAGGGUAUAGUAGAGAUUAAACUGAAAUGUAUAGAGAGAAGUAAAAGAGGAAGAUGAUGAUGAUGAUGUGUAGAUGAUGCAUAGGUGAAGUGUGUGUAGUGUGUAGUGAUGACGUGAGGGUUGUGGGGACCAAGGAAGAGGUAGAUAGUGAAGGUUAGGUUAGGUUUGAUUGAUUUUUAUUUUUAUUGAUUUACUUUUUUUUUUAUGUAAGAGGGAGAACGACCAAGGGCAAAAAAAAUGAAUAUUAGGAAAAAAAAUAAAGGCCCACUUAAUUAAUUCACUCAUUCAAUAUUUACUUCAUCUCUCGGUUGUUUCUUGGCUUUCCUGUCUCUUGUUGUGUCUUGUGUUAUGUCAGUUCAAUUUGUCAGUUUUUUGGUUGUUUUAUUCUGCCAGUCAGUUUAGUAAAGUCUAUAGUUGUCAGUUCAGUCAGUUAACCAGUCAGUAAGCCAGUUAGUUGAGCAGCCAGUCACUCGGUCCAUUAAGUAGUUGAUUGGUUAGUUAUUUCAUCAUUUCACCAGUCAGUCAGUCAGUCAGUCAGUCAUCCGAGCCUGUCAGUCAGUCAGUCAUUCAUCCCAGCCAACCAUCAGUCAGUCAGUCAGUCAAUUGGUCAUUUUACUUAUCAUUCAAUCCUUCAGCCAGUCAAUCAGUAGUGAUGGGAAAGGAGAGAGAGAGAGAGAGUACACACGAGUUAUAGACAGUGCAAGAUCAAUAUAUUUUCUAAGGAACCUUGUUAUUUUGAGAGAGAGAGAGAGAGAGAGAGAUCUUUAAGAAACAUAUACCAAAGAAAGAGAGUGAGUUAUAUUUAUCUAGUUUUAAAAGAUGUCUUGUUAUGCUGAAGUAGUGGGAGAGAAGCAAAAGGGAGAUGGAUAGAUAGAUUAAAAAAUAGAAAGGCUGAUAGAUAGAUAAAGAGGAGGAGGAGGAGGAGGCAGCUGAUAAUGAAGGAAUAGCUAAUGUUAAUGAGACAAAAGAGAGAAAGAGGGGGAGAGACAGAUAGAAAGUUUGAUAGAUAAAGAAGAGGAGGAGGAGGAGGCUGAAAAUUAAUAGGUGUUGAGAAAGCGAGAAAGAGAGAGAGGUAAAUAAAUAGAAAAAUAGAUAAAGAAGUGAAGAUUUUUAACUAAUAACACUAAACUACACACAAAAACUCAAGCCUUUUCUAACAACUAUUGAAAUCUAAGUUAAAUAAAUGAAUAAAUAAAAGCAAAUAAAUAAAAAUAAUAAUAAUAAUAAGUUUUUGUGACCACUCUCAAUUCUUGGCCCUUACAUGGUUAGCGUACAAACAUUUUAAUUUGCAGUGACGAAAAUAAAAAAAUCAUAGACCACAACAUAAACAUACAAAAAACCCCACAAACCACACACACCACAAACACCAAACACACACCAAACAAAUACCAACCAUUCACCUACCCACACACCAAACAAACACCAAAUCAGACCAAUGGGGUGCAAUUAAUUCAAAAGCAACAAACAAGGAAAUCAGCGCAAAACAACACAAAACCACACACACCACAAACAACAAACACACAUCAAAACAGACCAAUGGGGUGCAAUUAGACCCCCUCUACUUUCCUUUGUGGUUCAGGCGACAAACAAGCAAGUCAGCAAACCACACAAUCAAAACGGAAACACAUCAGAGCCUUGUUGGUGUUUGCAUGUGCCUUUUUUGGAUGACAACUGUGCUUUCCUCUGAAUUGUUGCCUAGCCCCAAAAUUCUCAAAAGAUAUGUUUAGUUUAAUGAAGGAAACACACUGAAGAAGAGGGAAGAGGAGGGAGGGAAAAUAAAUAGAGAGAGAGAGAAAGAAAUUUGAGGGUUUGAGAAUUGAAGUUGAGAAAAAAUAGAGAGAGAGAUUUGAGGGUUUAAGAAUGUAUGAAGUUAUGGAUUAGGAAAAAGGAGAAGAUUGUGAAGGAAAGAAGGAAGGAUUGUGUGUGUAUGUGUAUGCAUUUGUGUGUUUGUGUGUAUACGUUAUUCCAUUGUGUAUUAUUUAUUUAUUCAUUCACUGUUAUUGGUAUUUAUUCUAGUUUAGUGAAGAAAAAAAGAAAGCAGAACUAGACUUAGGAAUAUAAAACACUCAUAAAUACAAUGAUAGUGUAACAGAAAGAAAAAAAAAAAAAACGGAGAAACAAAAAAUUUAUACAGUACAGUAUAUAUAAACGUAUGUGUGUGUGCGUGUGUGUCUGUAUAUCCGUAUGCCUUAAGUUAAAGCAGCUAAAUGAGGCACUGGGUGAAGAGGAGAAGCAGUUUUGAAUCCUUUACCUGUCCAUAUGACCAGAUAAUGUUAUGUAAUGUAGUGUAUAGUGUCACAACUUCCUCUUCUCUCGCUGUCACUUAGAGAGGGACAGAGGGGUGAGAAGUAGUAAUGUAAUGUUGAGAUGUUUUGUGUGUGAGAGAGAGAGUGUGAGUGAGUGAGAGAGUAUUUAAAGCAGCUGUGUGUGUUUAUGUGUGAGAGUGUGUGUGUGUGUGUGUGUGAGAGGAUUUAAAGCAGCUGUGUGUGUUUAUGUGUGAGAGAGAGUGUGUGUGUGAGUGAGAGUAUUUAAAGCAGCCAUAAUUCAUUCUCACAUCGCAUCUCAAACAUCACACACACACACACACACAUUAAUCACUCUAAGCCAUGAUAUGUAAAAUGUAUGUUUACUACUACUACUACUACUACUACUACUACUACUACUACUACUACUACUACUACUACUACUACUACUACUACUACUACUACUACUACUACUACUACUACUACUACUACUACUACUACUACUACUACUACUACUACUACUACUACUACUACUACUACUACUACUACUACUACUACUACUGGAUGGAAAUGAGUGUUUUCACUAUGUUUCUCGCCACACACUCUCAGUCACUGUAACCUUAUGUAUUCUCACCCCACUAAUAAACUGUACUCACCACCACCACCACCACCACCACCACCACCACCACCAUUACUAUUACCACUGCUAUAUGUUGCGUCAAAGUAGGUCAUUGUAAAUACAAACACUCAAUCGCACGCCAGAAAAUUAUAAAAAUGUACAUAUAAAAAAAAAACUUAAACUUUCUGCACCUCUGUAGUAUGAUGGCAGAGAGAGAGAGGGAGAGAGAUAUGAGGUCAAAUGAGCUAUGAAACCAUAAAGAAGUGAAAAGGAAUAUAAACAAAAAGAAAGAAAAUAAAGACAAUAAGAGAUAAAGAUGAAGAGAAGAAGAAAGAGAAAUGAAGGGAAAAAUUAAUGGCAAAGUGAAAAAAGAAAAUACUUGAUAUACAUUGUUGUGAUUAUAUAUAUUGUUGUGAUAUAUUUUUUGGAAUUUUGAGUUGCAAAGAGACAAACAUCAAACUAUUUUCACUUAUAACUCUGAUGAAAUGUUAACUGUUGAUUCACAAAUAGGAAUGAAUGACCUAAAGAGUUGUCAUGAAUUAAGGUUUAAUACAUUGCAGCAUUUGAUCGUUCUAAUAUAAUACAAUUGUCUAGUUUAUUGAGAUGCAUGUUGUAAUAUUUUGAAGUAAUCCAUUUUUUGGGUGUGCUUUUAAUUUUUUUUUCUUGAAAUAUUCCAUUUUUCCCUGUUUGCGAUAGUUUUUAGAUAUAUAAUUGAAAUUCUGAGAUGCAAAUUCCCAAAGAAUAUGCAAAAAAUGGCAAACAAACAUUCUCAAUCACAACUUUGCAAACACACAAACCACUCAUUCCUAUAUUGCGAGUCACAUCAAACCCAAUCAUGUAAAAAGACUCAAUAAUAUUCUCAAUCACACUUUGCUAAAUUGUAAACCAACCAAUCCUAUUAUUACAAGUGACUUUAACCCCUUCAGUACUGGGACACAUUUUCACCAUGAGAUUUGUGUACGAUUAGACUUAUAUUGACAUUAGGAAGGCUCUAUGGAGGUCAGAAGGUUAAUGGCCACUGUCCUCACUAUUUUAAUCCCCCACAUGAGUUUCUGAAGCUGUAUAAAAUCACUAAACAGUAAGCAGAAUGAAUAUGGAAAUGCGUCAUGCUACUCAAAGGGUUAAGAUUCAUUCACAAAUCACAAUUAACUCGUAUAACUUGUACAUGCAAAACUUUAGUAUAGUCUCGUGGGGGAGAGCUGGUGAACCAACCCUAUAGAAACAUUACAAUUCCUUUAUUUCCUGGUACAUAAGCAAUGCAACAUCAGGAAAAUAUGAGAAAAAAAUCAAAGAAAAAAGGGAAAAAAAUGUAAACCACAACAAACCUCAGCAAGCCAUCGUGAACAGUGAGUGGUGGUAGUAAGCCAUGCAAGAUCAGGAAAAUUUGAGAAAAAAUCAAAGAAAAAGGAAAAAAAUCUAAACCACAGUAAGCCAUAAUGAAAAAUGAGUGGUAAUAACAUAAGCAAUGCAACAUUAGGAAAAUUUGAGAAAAGAUAAAACAAAAAGUAAAAGAAAAACAAAAUAAACCACAAGCCAUAACAAGUGUAGAGAACAGAGUGGUACAUCAACAACGCAAGAUAAGAAAAUUUGUGAAAGAAAAAUACAACAAAAGAAAUAAAAAAAAAAAAAAGUAAGCCACAAUAAGUCAUAGUGAAUGAACAGUGAACAGUGAACUGAAGCUGUAGAAAGACAAGAGUGCAGACUGUAUUGUUUGCAGUGUCCAGACGUAAACAAACAAGGAAGCGAACGUGGGAAAAGAGAGGUUGUCAGCAGAACUUAUUGGAAGGAGCAGAGUAAAUAAGAUAGAUAAAAUACAUGAGGGAGGCGCUGAUAUAAAGACAAAGCUUCCCGAACUACACCUGACCUGACCUGGGCUUGUACUCUCAAACACUUCACUGCUUCACCUCAAC